CCUGCCUGCCUACCUCCGCCUUCGGAAGGCCGAGGCACGCCUGACUCUUCUCAGGCCCGUGCGGGCCGACCGGCAGCCGUCGGGCGACGACCCAGAACGGCGCGGGGCUGGGGCGGGAGCCAGGAAGCGCGGCGGACAUGGAGGCGCUACUGCUGGGCGCCGGCUUGCUGCUGGGCGCCUACGUGCUCAUCUAUUACAACCUGGUGAAGGCCCCACCGUGCGGCGGCAUCGGCAGCCUGCGGGGCCGCACCGCCGUGGUGACGGGCGCCAACAGCGGCAUCGGGAAGAUGACAGCGCUGGAGCUGGCGCGCCGCGGAGCGCGCGUGGUGCUGGCCUGCCGCAGCCGGGAGCGCGGGGAGGCGGCCGCCUUCGACCUGCGCCAGGAGAGUGGGAACAAUGAGGUCAUCUUCAUGGCCUUGGACCUGGCCAGCCUGGCCUCCGUGCGGGCCUUUGCCACUGCCUUCCUGAGCUCCGAGCCACGGUUGGACAUCCUCAUCCACAACGCCGGGAUCAGCUCCUGUGGCCGGACUCGAGAAGCCUUCAACCUGCUGCUACGGGUGAACCACAUCGGCCCCUUCCUGCUGACACACUUGCUGCUGCCUCUUCUGAAGAAAUGCUCCCCCAGCCGCGUGGUGGUGGUGUCCUCCGCUGCCCACCGCCGUGGGCGCCUCGACUUCACACGCCUGGACCGCCCAGUGGUGGGCUGGCGGCAGGAGCUGCGGGCCUAUGCUGACAGUAAGCUGGCCAAUGUACUGUUUGCCCGGGAGCUCGCCACCCAGCUUGAGGGCACUGGUGUCACCUGCUAUGCGGCUCACCCAGGACCUGUGAACUCAGACCUGUUCCUGCGCCACCUUCCUGGAUGGCUGCGCCCACUUGUGCGUCCCCUGGCUUGGCUGGUGCUCCGAGCACCCAAAGGGGGUGCUCAGACACCCCUGUACUGUGCUCUGCAGGAGGGCAUCGAACCCCUGAGUGGGAGAUACUUUGCCAACUGCCGUGUGGAGGAGGUCCCCCCGGCGGCCCGAGAUGACCGGGCAGCCCACCGGCUGUGGGAGGCCAGCAAGAGGCUGGCAGGGCUUGGGUCUGGGGACGAGGAUGACGACGAACCUCACGAGGACCCCCAGCCUGAGGAGCCCACCGUUUCCGAACCCUCCCCCAGCCCUCAGAGCUCACCAGACUGGUCUAAGGUGACACGGCGAAUUCAGGUUACAGCUGAGCCUCAGUCCCCGGUCUCCUAAUCUCCAGACUGGGAUGCUUUUUCCAUGGCCCUUGGUGGCCCUUGCACACCUCCGCUGUGAGCCACCACGGACCCUGGGCACUGUUUGCCGCCAUGGUUACUUCCUGGGGCCUCCGGGUGUGUCCUGGACAGCUCUUUUCCUGGUGGAAGGAAGUAAAGGGUGAUAUUUCUUCCUGAGAGGGACCGGCCCCCCAGAUUGAGCGGGGGCGGGGCGGGGGGUGGGGGGACGUGCCAGACCCUGCUGCUCAGGAAUCGGAAUUGCAGCUUGCAAGGCCCCACCCUCUGAGAUUGUGCUCAGCGCUGGAGCAGGGCCAGGGACUCUGCGAUGGGAGGCACCGCCGACACUGGGAGUGACGGAGCCCUCCGCAGCCAUCCAGCCAGGCGGCUCAACCACCCCCACUCCACCGAGGCGGGAUUGGGCUCUAGAGGGAAGGACUCGCCCCAGGUCUCACAGCUGCUGGGCGCAGCAGGCUCCGGGCGUUGGACCCGGGGCUCCGACGCCAGAGCCGCCUGCCCGCAGGGCGGUUGUUCCCGAGGCGCCUGUGGGAGUGGGGGCGACCCCGCGCGCCUCCCGAGCCCCGAGCAAUAAAGCGUGUCGGCCGCGGCGCUCGCUCGCGCGCGUCCCUGCCUCUCGCGCCCGGCCGGCCCCGCCCUCCGCCGCCACACUUCCGGCGGGGCUGCGACCACG